AUGGUCAGCAUCAUGAAGCUCUGGACACCUCUACACAUGACAUGCCUCUGUAUGGCGCUACUAUCUGUGCUGGGAGCGUUUAAGGACAAACCAGUCAUAGGGGAUGAAAUAUUACUUGUGGAGUGCUGGGGAUAUCCAACCAUCAAUGACUGUACCAAAAAGUGUUCUAAAACCUUCAAAUGCAUAAACGAAGAACAAACGUGCUGCUGGACCUAUUGUGGAAACAUCUGCUGGAAAACUCCAGUGAGUUGGGAGAUGUGUGCUUGA